UAAAUGACAAAUCAGGAUUUCGUUACAGCAUGACGCUUAUAUAUGUGUUCUUGUUUAUAGUAUUUUCCGCAGGUGCUUUAGUUUCGGCUGAUUCUCAUUCCAACUGUACUGACGCUUCAUUCAUUGAUUGUCAGGACUCACAUGUCUGCAGCCAUACAGAUCUCAAGAAGUACUGUCCUCUCACAUGUGGUAUAUGCAAACCGUGUCAAGACGAGAGUGUGUUUAACUGUAAUCAGAAUGUGUGUUCUUUUCCCACACUAAAGAAGUUCUGCCCUGUAACUUGUAAUUCUUGCAGUGAUCCCACACAUAACAUACUUAAUACAAGUACCCCCGUACAGGCAAACGGCUGUUUUUACAAGGGAAAUGUUUACCAGGAAGGCGAACACUUUACUGAUGGCUGUGAUUACAAUUGUAUAUGUGAAGAUGGACCUAAAGGAUUUUACAGAUGUCACUCAAUGUGUACCCAGUGGAACCUACCAAGGAAUUGUACAUUAAAUCCUCCAGCUCCUGGGAAGUGUUGUAAAACACCAAGUUGUCCGUCACACAUGACAAUAAACUAUCCACCAGGGUAUAUAGAGCAGUAGUCAACUGUUUAAACAUGUACAGUACAUUUAUAUGUACAGUAAAACAUAUAA